AUGGCUACGUCUCGUCGAAAUGCCAAGUCGCCCACAAUCCGGCGCAUUCUCCGCGAGGCACAAGAACUUGCCGCGUCGCCGUCCGCCGAUCUGGCCGCGGCCCCGCUCGAGACCGACCUCUUCGAAUGGCACUUUACCCUCCGCGGACCGCCCAACUCCGUGUACUCCGAAGGCAUCUACCACGGCCGCAUCGUCCUGCCGCCGACGUACCCGCUGCGCCCGCCGUCGUUCCGCUUCGUCACGCCCUCGGGCCGCUUCGAGGCCAACCGCGAGAUCUGCUUGUCGAUUAGCGGGCACCACGAAGAGACGUGGCAGCCGGCCUGGGGCCUGCGCACGGCCCUCGUCGCGCUGCGCUCGUUUAUGGAGACGGACCCCAAGGGCCAGGUGGGCGGCGUGGAGGCGUCGGACACGGUGCGGCGGCGGCUGGCCAGCGAGAGCGCGUCGUUUGUGUGCACAGGGUGCGGCGGGCGGACAAACGCCGCCAUUCUGGAAGCGAGCGCGGCCGAGGAGGCGGCCGCCGGGGGGUCCGCGGCGACAAAGGAGGCAGACGUGGUGCCGGCCGAGCUGAAGCUGGUGUUUCGGGACGAGCUGCCGACGCCUCAGACGGCGCCAGCGAGAGCGGCAUUAGAAGGAUCAGGAGGAUCAGGAGGACCGACCGCACCUGCUGCUGCACCGGCGACAACGACACCGACGCCCGCACCCACAACACCGUUAGAGGGCCAGCUGCCGUCACCACCACCACCGCCGCCACCGCCCGCCGCGCCUGCACACGCUGUUCCCGCCCCGACACCGACGAUUGCUCUCCCCGACACACAGCCAGCUGCCGGGGCAGUGGCAGCCCCGCCUGCACCCGCAUCGGGACUUACGAUUGCCGCUGGCCGCGUGGCACGUCGGAUGCAGCCACAGACGGCGGCACCAGUACCAGGCCAGCGUGACAUGCGGAGGCGCGUGCGGCCCAACUCGGACGAGGCGGUGCCUGUGUGGGUGGACCGGACGAUUGUGGUUCUGAGUGUGGUUCUGGGCGCCAUGCUGCUGCGGCUGGUCUUUGGCUGA